GGAGAGAGAGAGGGAGAGAGAGAAGCAGUGUUUGGAACAAAGAAAAAUAUACGAACUCGCUUUAUAUUUCAACAAUGAUUCCAUGUGUUUAGGAGAAGUUUUUCCUUUCCCAUUUCCCUCUCUCUUUUUUCUCAGCAGGUUGUGCUGAGGCUUAACUGGUCCUUGAAGCUUAUUUUGGAGUUUUAUCAGAGGAAAAAUGGGUUAUAUUGGGGCUCACGGUGUUGCAGCUCUGCACAGAUAUAAAUAUAGUGGAGUAGAUCAUUCCUAUGUGGCCAAAUAUGUAUUACAACCCUUCUGGAGUCGCUUUGUUAAAAUUUUCCCCCUAUGGAUGCCUCCAAACAUGAUUACUUUGACAGGAUUUAUGUUCUUACUACUGUCUGCAUUGCUUGGUUACAUAUACUCCCCUCAAUUGGACUCAGCUCCUCCAAGAUGGGUUCAUUUUGCUCAUGGACUACUUCUGUUUUUAUACCAGACAUUUGAUGCUGUUGAUGGGAAGCAAGCUAGACGAACAAGUUCAUCGAGCCCAUUGGGGGAGCUAUUUGAUCAUGGGUGUGAUGCACUUGCUUGUACAUUUGAAGCAUUGGCUUUUGGGAGCACAGCCAUGUGUGGAAGAAGUACUUUCUGGUGGUGGUUAAUAUCUGCAAUUACAUUUUAUGGUGCAACCUGGGAGCACUACUUCACCAAUACGCUUAUAUUGCCUGUUGUAAAUGGACCUACAGAGGGUCUUAUGCUAAUAUACCUCUGUCACUUUUUCACUGCUAUCGUGGGUGCUGAGUGGUGGGUUCAGCCAUUUGGAAAGUCUUUGCCAUUUUUAAAUUGGUUUCCUCUUAUUGGGGGAAUCCCAACAUUUGAAGCUGUAUUGUGUUUAAUGAUAGCUUUUGGUGUUAUACCAACAGUCACAUGCAAUGUUAGUAAUGUUUAUAAGGUUGUCAAGGCAAGAAACGGAAGCAUGCCGCUUGCAUUGGCAAUGCUUUAUCCAUUUGUUGUACUUGUGGGAGGAGUCCUUAUGUGGGAUUAUUUGUCACCAUCAGACAUCAUGGGGAGAUAUCCACAUUUAGUUGUUAUAGGAACAGGACUUACUUUCGGAUAUCUUGUGGGAAGGAUGAUUUUGGCUCACUUAUGUGAUGAACCUAAGGGUUUGAAAACUGGGAUGUGCAUGUCCCUUGUGUAUCUCCCAUUGGCCAUUGCUAAUGUACUUGCAUCAAGGCUAAAUGAUGGGGUUCCCUUACUUGAUGAGAGGCUAGUUCUUCUUGGUUACUGUGCAUUUUCAGUGAUGCUUUACUUGCAUUUUGCCACGUCUGUCAUUCAUGAAAUUACAAAUGCCCUGGGAAUUUAUUGUUUCAGGAUAACUAGGAAGGAAGCUUGAAUCUACCCAAGAUUUCCUUUAGAUAGCAAGUCAAGCAAAAAUACUGGCAAGGCUUUGGUCAGUACUAAUUUUGCUUUGUUUGACAAAUUUGACUAACAUGGAACUUGUAAUUAUAUAUUGAUUCUUAGAUAGACUAGGAGAUCUAUUUGUGGAAAUUCUUGUGUUUCAAUUCAACCACUAGAAAUAUUUAUUUUAUUUUGAAUGUGACUUAAAAAAAUCUACAUAUUUUUAUUUUUUAACAUAUUAGAAUAUGGUUUUGUCGUGGUUA